AUAUCGCGCACCAACUUCACAACACGACACUUUCCUGUCAACACAAUUUUAUACAUGUUGUUCCUCCGCGAACGUUUCUAACAUAUUUUCAAGCAAUUUAUAUGAAUUUGUAUAAACCCUAGCACUUUUACCCGCAAAACAAGCAUAAUGGUAUUAUUAGAAAACGACGCAUUUCUUACAGAGUUAACAAAAAUGUUUCAAAAGUCGAGAACUACUGGAUCAGUAAGCAUGACGUUCAAAAGACAUGAUGGACACAAUAAACCAACCCCUCGAGCUGGCAGACCUCCAUUACCCGAACCAACAGAGUACAUGUGUCUUAUAAGAGCAAAAUCAAGAACAAAGAAGAUUGCCACAGUGGUGCACCAGCGAGAUAUCAAUAAAUUUCAAGUAGCUUAUAGUAGUUUGUUAAAGGGCAACCUUGAUGGUCUAAAAAAAUUAAAGAAGCCCAAGACAAAAACCAAGGCAGAAUAACAAGUAUUUUAUUAAAGUUUUGAAUGAAAUGUUUUAAGUUUCUAUUGACAAACAUCCGACAGACUAUGUUGGGUGUUCAGAAAUAAGAUUUUUAUUAUACUGGUUUAAUACACAUGUUGGGUAAGAACAUAAGGCGGCGAUUCGGUUUAGUUAUUAAGUAUUAUUAAAUGCUGUACACUUUUGGUUCACUGUCGAAAUAUUUGCACUUGGCCCAGAAGUCAUUGACAUUGCCCUCCAUUAGAAUACAGUCAUUGGCACAGUCCACCAAGUUGCCUUUGCUGUAGCACUGAUAACAGUUGAAAAUGCAUUCAUCUGUUGAGUCAACCGGCACCAUUUCUAUUUCAGAAAUGAGCAGCAUGCACAAAAUGCUUGUGAAGACAAUUACUUUUGUUCCAACUAAAACAUAAACAACAUAAGAUUGUAAUCAUCACAAAUACAGACAGAAAAAGGUUUUGUUUCAACUUUGUACUCAUUGAAUUCAUUUUUGUAAAUAAAUUUCAAUUUAUAUGAGAA